UCUUUAUUAAAAAAAAAAAAAGAAGCUCGUGCAGCACUAAUUGAGGUAAAUACAGGAUGCACGGCCUGGAUUGGGGUGGUUGGUGGCCGGUGGACAAGUUCGAUCGUUCUUCCUCCUACUGCUGCUGCGCUCAAACGUCUGACACGGCAGUACCGGCAAAUAUUAUCAUCACCAAUAGGCAAUAGCCCAGCUCUUUUAACGUGAUUGUUAUCACUUAAAGCUCUUGGAUCAUUCGUGAAUCUUCUUGUUUAGCGUUUCUGGUGCGCUACGUCUUUAGGCUCAGAUGCUCGUUCUUUACUUUUGGCUGUUAACUCUUUUGGGUUGUCACUUUCAGUCAAAGCUUAAUGGUAAUCUUGGGGAGAAUAAUUAAUGAGAAUGCCCAAUGAAGUAUUAUCCGGAAAUGUCCUAUCUUUUUGAAUUUUCUUCCACACCAUGUAUAGGGGCAUUUCUUGAGGAAGCAGUGUUUGGUGAAGGUGUCAAAUGGGCUUCUGAUUUUUGUACCUGUUUUCAUGAGCUGAAGCCCCCCCAAGAUUAUCUAUUCUGAUCUGCGCAGAUAUGGCACCGGAUUGGAAUGGAAAAGCUAUUGUCAUAAUGGGAGUUAGCGGUGCUGGGAAAUCAACCAUUGGUCAGAUGCUAGGUGAAGCUUUAAAAUGCUGCUAUAUGGAUGCUGAUGAUUACCAUCCACAAGCUAACAAAGAAAAAAUGAGAAAUGGGAUACCUCUAUCUGAGGAAGAUCGCAUACCGUGGCUUGAAACACUGAGAGAUGCCCUAAGAAGAAGUACAGGGAACGGAGGAACUGUAAUCCUUGGUUGCUCAGCUCUACAAAAGCACUACAGAGAAAUUCUUAGAUCUGCAGACCCAAGUUAUGAACCAGGUUCUUACAUUUCUAUAGUCAAAUUUGUAUUGUUGCAUGCUCAGGCUGAUGUGCUCGCUGCUCGGCUGGAGAAGAGAGCCGCAGAGGGGAAACAUUUCAUGCCCGCAAAGCUCUUGCAGUCCCAAAUGGAUUUGCUUCAUAUUGAUGAAUCUGAAGGUGUGCUUAAGGUUGAUGCUACGCUAGAACCCCAGGCUAUUGUGAAUAUCAUCGUACAAGCUUCGAUCAUCAAACCUCAGUCACAGCGAGGUCCUUGAAUACCUCAUUUGACCAGUUUUUCACAGGCCGUGGGAUAAAGUGGUUUCUACAUUUACGACUGCCCCCAGGCAGAUUCACUCUCCUUGUAAUUUCAGAGAGUACCACAAAGUUGGAUUUCUCUGUUAAUCUCAACCAUUUUGGUUGUCUUAAAAAGAAGAUUUUGUCUUUUUUUUUUUUUUUUUUUUUAAAGAAGCUUUCUAUCAUGGAAUAAGAAAUGCACGAUACACCGUGUUGCACUUCCCUAA